CUGAAGUGAAAACUGAGACCAAGAUCUUGCUCUACUGGCACUUAUGAGAUCCACUCCUGGCAACAUGGAGAGAAUAGUCAUUUGCCUGAUGGUCAUCUUCUCUGGGACUGUGGCCCAUAAGUCAAGCUUCCAAGGGCAAGAUCGCCUCUUUAUUAGACUGCGUCAACUUAUAGACAUUGUUGAUCAGCUGAAAAACUAUGUGAAUGACUUGGAUCCUGAAUUUCUGCCAGCUCCAGAAGAUGUAAAGAGACACUGUGAGCGGUCAGCUUUUUCAUGUUUCCAGAAGGUUCAACUAAAGUCAGCAAAUAAUGGAGACAAUGAAAAGAUAAUCAACAUAUUAGCUAAACAGCUGAAGAGGAAACUACCUCCCACAAAUGCAGGGAGAAGACAGAAACAUGAACUAACAUGUCCUUCUUGUGAUUCUUAUGAGAAAAAACCACCCAAGGAAUACCUAGAAAGACUGAAAUCACUCAUCCAAAAGAUGAUUCAUCAGCAUCUGUCCUAGAACACAUGGGAUACGAAGGUUCCUGAAGAUCUCACUUGAAGCCGGACACUAUAUUGCAUACUUUAAAACAGCAGUGAAACUCACUUCUUGGUAUUCCAAGUGGACGAGUACAAUGUAUUAGUGAUGGGGGAACACUCAGAUGAGUGUUCAAGGUCAGGAUUAUUUCUCCA